CAGAAAAAGUGGAGCAUAAUGUAUUAAGCCGUAAAAGAAAGAAGAUACAAAAGGCACUUUUUCCGGUGGAGUAGCGUAGCUAAGAGAUUCUCUUUUACUAUCAGAAAACUAAAAUAUGAAUGUGAAAUCUGCCGGUGGAGUUGUUUCUGGGUUGUGAAAUUGUGGAUUUUGAUUCAAAUUUGUUGUAUUGAGAAACAAUGGAGAAGGAGAAGGAGAAGUACUCGGAGGAAUUGAAUGUGGCUGUGAGGGUUGUGCAUAUGGCGUGUGGUCUCUGUCAAAAGGUGCAAAAGGGUUUGCUUGGUAACGCAUUGGAUGAUGAUGAGGUUAAGUCUAAAGAUGAUGAUUCUCUUGUUACUAUUGCAGAUUGGAGUGUGCAAGCAACUGUAAGCUGGAUCCUUUCAAAUACUUUUGGUAGCGAAAAUGUCUCCAUAGUAGCUGAAGAGGACGUUCAAACUCUUUCCAAGCCUGAAUCAGCAGGUCUAUUGGGUAAAGUUGUCAGCACUGCCAAUGAAUGCUUAGCACAAGCUUCUAGAUAUGGUCUGAAAGGUCCAGAUAAAACCCUGGGGCCUUCAGAAAUUCUGGAGGCUAUUAGUCGCUGCAAUUCAAAUGGGGGCCCUCUUGGCAGGCAUUGGGUUCUUGACCCGGUUGAUGGUACACUGGGGUUUGUGCGUGGAGGUCAAUAUGCUGUAGCUUUAGCGUUGAUUGAUAAUGCGGAGGUUGUAGUUGGAGUGCUAGGAUGCCCUAAUUAUCAUAUGAAAAGGGACAGGCAUAAUAAGCAACAGCAAAAUCAUAUUUCAUCAGAAGUUUCAGUGCCCUCACCUGAUAUGUUGGAAGAAGGAUGUGUGAUGUACUCAAAAAAAGGUACUGGUGAAGCUUGGGUGCAGCCAACGGUUUAUGGUGAUAGUAAAUAUGAAUGGCCAAAUUUUGCCAAACAAGUUCGUGUUUCUCCAAUUGAUGAUCCAGCAUUGGCAACUUUUUGUGAGCCAGUUGAGAGAGCUAAUUCAAACCACUCCUUUGCAGCUGGACUUGCUUCCUCUGUUGGGCUUAGAAACAAGCCCCUCCGUGUUUAUAGCAUGGUAAAAUAUGCUGCCAUAGCACAGGGAGAUGCUGAAAUUUUCAUGAAAUUUGCUAGAGCUGGGUACAAAGAGAAGAUUUGGGACCAUGCAGCUGGUGUUCUAAUUGUACAAGAGGCCGGCGGUGUGGUGACUGAUGCAGGAGGGCGUUCACUUGAUUUUUCUAAAGGGAUAUACUUGGAAAGUCUUGAUAGGGGAAUAGUUGCUUGCUCUGGCACUAAGCUGCAUGAGAAAUUAAUUGGAGCUGUUUAUGCCAGCUGGGAGUCCUCUAGUCUAUGAAUCUUUCUUAUCUGCUACAAGGACAGUGACGGGUUUUUGUCUUAUUACGUACUCCCAGGUGGUAAACAUGACUUCUACAUCAUUGCAAUUGGUUCAUGAGAUACGCGUUUGCUCGGGGAAGACAUAAUGGCGGACUGGUUUCCCAACAGACAGGUAUUUCUGAG